GUCCUAGGCACCUAGCUACUGCGAGAUGCAGAGGCACGCCGGCGAUGAGCUCACCAUCUCCGUCGACCCAGACACUCUCGACUGCCCCAUCUGCUUCCACACCCUCAGGCCUCCGGUGUUCCAGUGCGCCGCCGGGCACGUGCUCUGCUCGUCCUGCCACGACAGACUCCGGCAGAGCCGCAAGUGCCCGGAGUGCUCCGUCGCCACCGGCUUCAGCCGCUGCUACGCCGUCGACCGCAUCCUGCGGGCCGUCCGCGUCCCUUGCCCCAACGCCGCGCGCGGCUGCGCUGUCCAGACGUCCCUCCACGAGCGGGAGGAGCACGAGAAGUCGUGCGCGUUGCUCCUGCGCCACGGCCUGGCCACCGUCACCAUCAAUGACAAUGCAAAGGCGGGAGAGGUUGUCAGGAUGGGCCCUUGCGGCGGCGGCGGCGGCAACGCCAGAAAGAUAGGCAUGGUGGGCGAGGUGACACGCAUUGUCCAGGUCGCCGUCCGCCACUGCGCGUUGCUCCUGCGCCACGGCCUGGCCACCGUCACCAUCAAUGACAAUCCAAAGGCUGGAGAGGUCGUCAGGAUGGGCCCUUGCGGCGGCGGCGGCGGCAACGACAGAAAGAUAGGCAUGGUGGGCGAGGUGACACGCAUUGUCCAGGUCGCCGUCCGCCACUGCCGCGCCGUUGACGCCGUUCGCGUAACGUACAUGCGGAAAGACCGGGAGGAGUCGAACGAGACCGAGCUCUGGGGAGGGAAAGGCGGCAUGACCGCGGUGUUCCGUCUGCAGCGGGAUGAAUACCUGACGAGCGUGGAAGGCCACUACAGCCACUUCAAUGGCAACGUCGUCAUCAGGUCGCUCAAGUUCGUCAGCAACCUUCGCACCCACGGGCCGUACGGGAACGCGUGCGGCGUGCGGUUCUCGCUCCCAGCGGGCGCCGGCGGCAGGAUCGUCGGCUUCCAUGCGCGGUGUGACGACCAGUACCUCCACGCCAUUGGCACCUACGUCAAGAUGGACGACCGUGCAUCGUGAUCGACCGCAAAUUCGUUUGUAUCGUGUAGCGACUGUUUUUGCUUUCAUUCAUCUAGCUAUUUCAUUUCGCUUGCUGCUUCUCAAGUCUCGACUCCGUCGAUGAUCGAUGCUCUAGCCCCAGGACUGUUUAGCUAGGAGGAAAAAUGUUAGGUUUAAUCUUGAUUCAUGUAUCUGCAUAUUUGUUUUGUCUUCCAUAUAGCUAGGUUUAGUACUUGCUGGCAAGUCGUACGUGCGUACCAAGAUGGCAACGUCUCGGUAAAAAAGCGCAAUAAAGCGAGUAUGGUGCGUAGGCGUGAUGCUAUGAUGCCGUGUGAUACGGCAGCGUCGUGUGAAGUGACGCGUGCGUGCGCGACGAGACCGGCUGGGUGGAUCACUUGGAGCUGAGACACAUGGCCAAUUUGUUAAUUUGUGUUGGUAUGCAUGCAUGCAUGCACAAUGUUUGUUAGCAGGUUUCCGGAGGAGUGAAGUCUAUUUUAAACCUUGA